AAAUACUUUGUUCUCUUUUUGGAUGCAAAGCAAAAACAGCCGCCGUUAUAGCAUCUCGCCGCCAGAGGGAUCGCUUUCGUAUCUUUUGUUCAAUUGAGAUCAUUAAAAACCAGAUUUAAUAACUUAAUAACUUCAGCUUGGUAGGUGAAUUGAGGGCUUUCGGGAAGCUCUCAGUUUCAUUAUUUCAAAUAUUCUAUUUCGGUAUAGUCUAGCCUAGUAGUAUUAAUUUCAAUUCUCUGCAGCAAGUGAUUUAUGGGAAUUAACUACUCCUUCUAUGUCCCCUCCCGUUUAAGGGUGGUUGCUGUGGGUCUGUCUCAUCAUAGCCCAGCGCGCAGCCGACGGCUGUGUAACUUAUAUAUUAAGAGAAAGGUGGAAGUAAACUGAACGCUUUAGCUACAUCGGGCUACUGCCGUUUGUGUGAUACCUACCAACAACAUUGUGGUUGUAUUCCAUCUUCCAAUGCCAAAUGUUCAACUGACAGGAAACAAUGUGGAGAUUUAGAAUUUGUUUACUAGCAUCAUUGUAAAAAGGGUGGUCACCUCCUACACACCGCAGCCAGAUCCUGUCCCUCGGAUUCUACCUGUCCCUCUACACCCCCUACCCAACUCACCUCACCCCUCCACCCUAGCCCACCUCACCCCACCAGCCAGUGUCCACCAUGAGUGCCCACCGCAUCGAUGCCAAGGUGGUCAUGCUGGGGAAGGAGAGCGUUGGCAAGACCAGUCUGGUAGAAAGAUUCGUACACCACCGAUUCCUCGUUGGGCCGUAUCAGAAUACUAUCGGAGCUGCGUUCGUGGCCAGACAGGUCCAGGUGGGAGACAGCAUGGUGACCCUGGGAAUAUGGGACACUGCUGGAUCAGAGCGCUAUGAAGCCAUGAGCAGGAUUUACUACAGAGGAGCCAAGGCUGCGGUGGUCUGCUUCGACCUGACAGACAGCAGCAGCUUUCAGCGCGUCAAGUUCUGGGUGAAGGAGCUGCAGAAUUGUGAAGAACACUGCAAGAUCUACUUAUGUGGCACCAAAAAUGACCUGGUGGAGGCUGACCGUAACGUGCGCCAAGUGGACUACCACGACGUCCAGGAUUUCGCAGACGAAAUCAAGGCUCAGCUUUUUGAAACAUCCAGCAAGACUGGUUUUAAUGUGGAUAAGCUCUUUCAGAAGAUGGCAGAGGACUUCCUCAACACUGACUUCCAGGUCAUCCCAGGGGAGAAGGGAGUGGACCUGGGGCAGAAGAAGAACAGCUAUUUCUACUCCUGCUGCUCGCACUGACCUCGGACUGGGUCAGGUGUGCCGGAGACCGACGCCCGGGGGUGCUGGGAAUGCCCCUUUUUAAAAACACACAGGACUGCCCCGGCGGCCGAGUUUCACUUUCUCUUUCAGUUGUGCCAUAAGCUCACAGCAGCCAGAGGCCUGGGCAGAGCGCCAGGUCGCUCCACUGGGGGGCGCUCUCCUGUGGAAGCGAGGCCUGGGCCCCCUCAGCGCGUCGGUGAGGCGAUUCAGGAGGGAAGAGGACAAAAAAAAACUACCUUCAUUACAAACUCAUUUAUAUUGCAUGUCAUUUAGAGUGAUUGACAACGCUCCUGGGUUUCUGAUUGGUCGCCUCGUGCUGCAGUGAGUCCCACCCAUAGGCCUGUGGCCUUUGUCCGUCACUGUACAAGCCUUUCUAGUGGAAACUAUUAGACUUGAGUCUGCCUCUGAGACAAACCACAUUCACUGUUUUGGCCCGCAUCGGUGAGAUUUCUUAAUCACAGUACUUACAGGUACACUGUUCAUCUUCAGAAUAUAUGAAAAUAUAUAAUUACUUAGUUAAAACAACUUAAUGUGACUUUCAAAGAUUACUAGGGAUGAACACCCUUGUGAAUUAUUUUUAAAUCCCCACAGCUGAAACCACAUGUAGCUUAAUAUAUAAUGAAAUUAUGACCCUUUAACCAAAAAACAAAA